GCUCACAGCGCCGACACCACCAGCAUGAACCGUCACGUAGCUCUGCUCCUCUGCGCCUCAUUGGCGUUCGUCGCGGCCACCGAGGAGAAGUACGCGGCCACGUUUGACAGCCUAGACCUGAAGGAGGUACUGUCGGAUGAAACUCGAGUCCAGGAUGCGAUGCGCUGCCUGCUGGAAGAAGGAGAUGCAGCGUGCAGACCCGCCGCGAAGGCGCUCAAGAAGGUGCUGCCCGAAAUAGUGCGUACAGACUGCGCCAAGUGCACUGAGACACAGCACAAGAAGAUCGGAGGUUUCUUCGGAGAGAUUUCGCGCCGCCACCCAGACCUCAUGAAGAAGCUGCUGGAAAAGUACGACCCAUCAGGAGAAUACAGGAAGAAUGGGGCUGAGGUGUCGGGUGAUCGACCCCCGCUCCCGCCUCCGGCAACCACAGAGCGAUACGCCGCCACUCCAGGCCACGCCAGGCCGGCAUAUAAGCCGCGCCAGCCGUCACUGCGGCACAGUCGACAACAGGUAGCUCACAGCGCCGACACCACCAGCAUGAACCGUCACGUAGCUCUGCUCCUCUGCGCCUCAUUGGCGUUCGUCGCGGCCACCGAGGAGAAGUACGCGGCCACGUUUGACAGCCUAGACCUGAAGGAGGUACUGUCGGAUGAAACUCGAGUCCAGGAUGCGAUGCGCUGCCUGCUGGAAGAAGGAGAUGCAGCGUGCAGACCCGCCGCGAAGGCGCUCAAGAAGGUGCUGCCCGAAAUAGUGCGUACAGACUGCGCCAAGUGCACUGAGACAGAGCAAAAGAAGAUCGGAAGUCUUCGGAGAGAUUUCGCACCGCCACCCAGACCUCAUGAAGAAGUUGCUGGACAAGUACGACCCAUCAGGAGAAUACAGGAAGAAGUGCUGCCCAAAAUAGUGCGUACAGACUGCGCCAAGUGCACUGAGACACAGCACAAGAAGAUCGGAGGUUUCUUCGGAGAGAUUUCGCGCCGCCACCCAGACCUCAUGAAGAAGCUGCUGGAAAAGUACGACCCAUCAGGAGAAUACAGGAAGAAGUACGCCAAGUCCUGGGCCGAGCACGGCAUCCGCCUCUAA